AUGUCCUUCUCUGUUUCUCUGUCUCUUUCUACUGGGUUCUGGUUUUCUCAGUAUCUUGAGGGAAGUGGAGCUCUGUCAGGGGAAUUAUCUGAGAAGAAGAUUAUGGAAGAUAAGUGUGAAAUUGCCAAAGAUUAUGGAACAAGUCAGGUGUAUGGUGUAGAACCAGCCGAAAGUGCUAUUCUGAAUGGAGAAAAACCAGGCGUGAGUACACCUGGUUUAGUCCUGUCCAGGCUUGCAAUAGCUGGUUCACUUCCAGUUCAACACUGUCCAGCCUUCCCUCAGCUGGUUCUUCUCUGGUUCAGCCUACCUUAG